CCAUUCAGACCGAACGAAAUUAAGUAAUUUCGAGAUUUCGAUCGAAAUCUACUCGAAAUUAAGUAAUUUCCCAUACAUUUUUAUCAUUUGAAAUUAAGUUAUUUUGCUUAAUUUCAAUGAAAUUAACUUGAAAUUAUCAUACUUUUGUUAAGAAACUCCCUUUUAUUUCAACCUUGUACAACAUUUUUACAACUGUUCAGAAAAAAUUGACAGUUUAUAUUAAAAAAAAAUAAUAAAAUUGAAAAUUAAUUUUUUAAGUAAAUAAAUAAAAUUUAAAGAAAAGCUAAUAAAAUGGAAAAGAGAACAUAUAAGAAAAGGUCCCUUUGGAAUGAUACGGCUGAAAAUCUGUUAUUGCAAAUAUGGGAGGAGAAUAUUGAACAUUUAAGAGGAAACCGAAAAAAUUCUCACGUUUUUCAAGAAAUGAGCAAAAAAAUGAUUGAUUUUGGCCACAGCUAUACUGCCAAUGAAAUUAGCAUUAAAAUACAUAAUUUAAGUGGUAAAUAUAGAGCGGAAAAAAAACAUAUUGGGCCUUCGGGAGGAAGCCCGUCUUCAUGGCCUCUAUACAAUAGGGUGCACUCCAUAAUCGGGCACCAUAAAUGCAACAAAGUGGAAGAGCUUAUGGAGGAUAAUUUAGCGGAUGCACACUACAUCGAAUUAUUGGAUGAGGCCGAUGACUGUGUUACAUUUAUUGAAGAUUUUGAAACGAACAGUUGCCCAAAGGAACCAACACCAACAACAUCGCGUGGAAGUGCCAAAAAAAGGUCUUUGCAGAAUGAAAUUCUGAUUGAGCUUCAAGAAAGCAAAGCUAUAAUGAAGGAAGAUAUGGAAGAACGAAGAAACAUUGAUGCCAAAAUGCUUAAGUUGCAAGAAGAUUUGGUGGAACUAGAACGCGAAAAAAUUGAAAUAUUAAAACGAAUGCUGUAA